GCUCAGCGGUCACUGGCUGAGCAACCUUUCUGCAGUGGAGUUCUCUAAGCGACAACAGCAAUCAUGACCGACGAGGUUACAAAGUUGAAGACGGUGGAUAUCAGAUCCCUGGCAACAUUGCAAGGCUUUGACGAGGACGAACUGGUGCGGCAAUUUUCUGAACGCACAGAGGUUUACACCCUCCGGAAGUCUAAGCCGGGCGACGAAGCCGUUAGGGGCAAGGGCCUGCAAGAUCCACCGCCGAUCUGUGGCGAUGUUCACUACCGUAUCGACACCGUGUCGCGCGCAGCAAGCAAAAAAGAUGGCGAUAAAUGCAUCAUCCGAUGCCUGGCUCCCGUUGCGCUGCCAAUAGGUAGUGAACAUCCCGGAAGAAGGGCUGAAUCGGAGACGAUUCUUAUGGCCGAGCCCAUUCCUCCCGUCAGGAAGGAGGAUUCUGCGAAGGAACCUUUUUACGAUGCAACCAUUGGCGCCUCUGGUCUCUUCUUUGUGCAUGUCCUGGCUGACAAAGCAAGCGCUGGACGUAGCAAGGUUGAGUUGGCCGACAACAUGACGGAUGGUGGCCAGCAGUCCGCGCACAUGGUGGUUGAGCCGCCCAUAUCGGACGGACGGUCAGAAGGAACAUGGUAUCGGGCUGUGAUCCAGGCUGCCAAGCAAGUGGGUGACCAGCUCUGGUACCCGGAUAACGCCUUUCUCGGCCUGAAGGCCAAGUCGAUUCCACCAGCAAACGGUGUAGCAACCGACAGCGCCGGUCUUCAGCUAGACGUUGUCAUGGUCUCCUUGGUAGCCACUCCUGAAACACCAGUCACGCAUAAGCUGGCCAUGCUGGACGGCAGGACGUGGUGGUAUAUGCUUUUUGACGACCUGGACGAGGGAAAGUUCACGCUUCAUGCCUCGUUCGACAAAGACGUCUAUCUAUGUCGCCAGGGUAGCGGUACGAAUCAACGCCUGAUCCUGUGCCCCAAAUAUGAUAUGAGCGAAAUAUUCUUCAAACUGGUCAACGAAUUCAACGAAAAAUGCCCCGAAAAUUAGAACAGGCAGUGAUGGUCUUGAUUGUCUCCAUGGAGACCUCAGCGAAUCAGAUUAUCCUCUGUUACAUUCUAGUAGAGAGAGAACUUGUAGAAUCACAUGUCACUGUUAAAACAUGAACUGGCAUUAUUUCAAUGGUAAGAAGGCCAUAGGCCUGGUGGGUAUAUCCAAGUAUAAUGAUAAUCAGAAGCCGCUGGUUUUUACCUAAGUAACUGUAAAAAAGUCUACUUAUACCGCUAUUUCAUUUGCGUUUUCACUUUUUUAUUAAUUCUUUUUCCUGGAAAUACAUGUAUACUACUGGCGAACAUUGCAUGCGUAUAUUAAUGCAAAAUUAAAUUUUAAUCUGAGUCUCCCCCCCCCCCUCAAUCAUAUUCAGACACACACAUUCAUUUUUUUGUCUUCACUCUCUUUCCCUGGAUCCUUCCCACUUCUAUGAUGCAAGAGUAGCAACAAUUUUAACGACAAUGUUCAACAGGUUCCACAGCAUGAAAUUGUGAUCACUACUGACCGAGUGUCAACAAAAAUUGUGUGUAUCAGUUUUAAUUCGAAGACCUCCAUAAUGAUA